AUGCUAGGCCUAGGUCUCCAUGUGUCUGCGCAUGACUGGAGACGUCCCAAGAAGCCAGGCAGCCUCCUGAACUCCUAUAAAUACGCUCCUCCAGCCCCAAGUCCAAACCAUUCCAUUCCCAAAGCUAGAGAGCACCUGAAAAGUUUGCAUUGUUGUGAGGUUGUGAUGGGUAAUCUUCUAGGGAGAGAAGUUAUGCCGUCAAAUCUCUUGUGUUGUGAGGUUGUGUCGGGUAACCUUCGGGGAAGGUUAGGCCGCCAGAUCUCUUUUGUGUGUGAGGUUGUGUUGGGUAACCUUCCGGGAAGGAUAUGCCAACAGAUCUCUUUUCUGUGUAAGAUUGUGAUGGGUAACCUUCGGGGAAGGUUAUGCCAUCAGAUCUUAUCACGGACGGCUGAGCCGCCAGAUCUUUCAAGGUUCGUGUGGGUACUCUUCGGAGGCAAGGGAAGCUCCGCCGCAGAACCGGUGGAAGGUGUAGUCAAUCUAUAUGCAAUAAGGCGCCUAGGUGCAUUAGCCACAUUCUCUGCCCACGCCUGUGAAGGUUCACGCUCAUCCGGAAUCACACAGAAACUAGAUGAACGCCUUCACCCGGGCACUACAGUCCAUCGCGGUACCCGGUUCAUCCUUCCAUCUAUUGGCCUUACUGGCGCACCAUGCCAAUGUCUGGUUGGAUCCCAUAUCGUCAUAUGGUACCAUACUCGGCCAAGGCAGCUGACCAGGUUAUCCUCCGAGUCUUCCUCCCUUCAUGCACAGCCUCCACGCUGCCAAUCCGGUUGGGCUCUGACGUGCGAGAAUGCGCUUGACUACACCUUCCUAGACAACAUGUGGUUAGACACGCCACAUGUUCUCAGUACUUAG